AUGGCGAAUUUGGCUGGCGAGCAUGACGACAAAGAGAAAAAUAUUUUACUAUCGUCACAAAAGCUCUCCUCGUCAGACCAAGACCCCGAGCCAGGCCUAUUGACCUCUGACAAUGCUAAUCUAAAACAGGUCACUUGGUCAGGCCACGACGACCCAUCCAACCCUCUCAACUGGAGUCAUGCGAAAAAAUGGACCGCAACUCUUCUUGUGUCAUGCUUUACAUUCAUAUCACCAGUGUCUUCUACGAUGGUGGCGCCAGCGCUAGAUACCAUGGCCUCUGACCUCAAAGUGAAGUCGGAAACGGAGCAGUACCUGAUGAUGUCGAUCUUCCUUCUCGCCUACGCCCUUGGCCCCUUUAUCAUUGCUCCUCUCUCUGAAAUGUAUGGGCGCGUGGUUGUCUUGCAAUCCGCGAACAUGUUCUAUCUUGUCUUCAAUAUUGUUUGUGGAUUUGCCACGACCUCAGGACAGAUGUUUGCUUUUCGAUUCCUCAGUGGCUUCGGAGGAAGUGCGCCACAGGCGAUCGGAGGUGGCGUCUUAAGUGACUGCUGGCGGAAGGAAGAACGAGGAGCAGCAACUGCCCUCUAUAGUUUGAUGCCUUUUCUAGGGCCGGCAGUUGGUCCAAUCGCUGGCGGGUAUUUAACCCAGUAUAUGUCAUGGCGAUGGAUAUUCUGGAUUGUUUCCAUUGCAGACGCUGUGGUGCAGGUUCUGGCCUUUUGCUUUUUGAGUGAAACUUAUGCACCGACGAUCUUGGCGACGAAGCGAAGAAACUUACAGAAAAAGACCAGAAACGAUAAACUUCACACCCAAUACGACAGUCCUGAUCGUACAUUUGGCCAGGAGUUGCGGAAGAAUCUGGUUCGGCCAGUCAAGAUGCUUUUCACGCAGCCGGCAAUCCAGGCACUUGCAUUGUAUCGAGGCUACCAGUAUGGCCUCAUGUAUCUUGUCUUGGCAUCAUUUCCUACGGUGUGGGAGGUGGUAUACCGAGAAAACUCCGGGACCGCCAGCUUGAACUAUCUCUCUCUUGGGAUUGGAUUUGUAUUAGGACUGCAAUUCUGCGGUCGUGCCCUUGACAUGAUAUGUAUAGGUCUUAAAAGGCACUACAAACACGAUGGCCGACCGGAAUUUCGCGUUCCCCUGAUGGUGCCUGGUGGCCUCUUAGUCCCAUGUGGCCUUUUCAUCUACGGCUGGACGGCGUAUUUUAAAACACAUUGGAUCGUGCCCAAUAUUGGUGCCGCAAUAUUUGCGUUUGGAUUGAUCAUCUCCUUCCAAUGUGCGCAAACAUACGUGUUAGAUGCCUACUCACGAUACGCAGCCAGCGCGACGGGUGCAGCAGCAUUUGUGCGGACAAUAGCUGGGUUUGCUUUCCCUCUAUUUGCAGACAGUCUGUAUAAGAACUUGGGCCUAGGAUGGGGUAAUAGCUUGUUGGGAUUUGUCAGUCUGGGCUUGGGAACUGUGGCUCCCGUGCUAUUGUGGUUUUACGGAGAGCGGCUCAGAGCCAAGAGCACAUAUUGUGCGGGAUAG